CAAGCACAGCGCGGAGCUCACGCGAGGAACUUUAUGACGCGAGUGUUUUGUGCAUGCCAUACCAAGGGGAAAACGGUGAAACAACGUUUCCACUCGUCAUGAUGUCUUAUCACGUGCGCCGAGUUGUAGCACAGGGCCUACAGCAUUCAAAAUUGGGCUUUUGGACUCUUCGUUGAAUCAUGCCAAAGGGCCGCCGCCGGCGCCAACCAGCGACGGCUAUGAUCCCACACAAAUUGGCCUUCGGUGUUUCUCUACUGCUUUCAUGUUGCUGCGCCGCUAAGGCGGUGGUCACGUUCUCGCUGGAAGGGCAGUGGACAGCCGUGAACACUAACAAGUCCAUAAAAAUUUCCGCCACCGUUCCCGGAGGUAUAUACACAGACCUGAAGAGGAGUGGCGUCAUCGGCGAGCCUUACUACGGUUUUAACGAUGUGCGGUACGGAUGGGUCGGCUAUGAGAACUGGACAUUCUCAAAACGUUUUGAUGUGCCCGAUGCGUUGCUCAAACAAGAACGCUUGUCCCUCGUGGCUCACGGCAUCGACACUGUGUGCAGGGUCAAGCUGAACGGCGUCGUCUUGUUCGACGCCGACAACAUGUACGUUCGGUACAUAGCCGACGUGAUCGAUGUUCUUCACCGUAAAAGCAACAUCAUCACGGUCAGCUGCGAGUCCCCAGUGCUGUACGCCCUACGCAAGCACGAGCAGCAGGUGCGCUCCUCCUACCCGGUGUACCCGCUGUGUCCACCGGCGGUGCAGAACGGCCAGUGCCACGUCAACUACAUCCGCAAGAUGCCGUGCUCCUUCAGCUGGGACUGGGGACCUUCUUUUCCCUCCACCGGAAUCUGGAAGCCGAUUGAAAUUCAAGGAUAUAAUGGCGUAAUAAUCAGGGACGUAUUAGUAGCGCCCAUCCUUAUAGAUCGUUACAGCAAAUCACCGAAAUGGAGCCUAAACGUGAGCGUAUUUUAUGAUUCGUCCAUGAGCGAGACAAAUAAUGGCACUGCCUGGAUCGGCCUCGACGGAGGUACCCUUUUAAAUGAGCCAGUGACGCUGAAGCCACGUACUGCACGAGAUGCGAGGCUGGACUUUUCCAUUGUGAUACCUGACCAAAUGAAAAUUGAACAAUGGUGGCCAUCUGGCUACGGUGACCAGAAAUUGUAUAACCUAAAUGUGACCAUCUCCGUCGACGGGCAAGCGACAAUAAAGACCGCGAGGUUUGGCUUUCGAACUGUAGAGAUAAACCAAGAAUAUACGGGUACUGUGAUCGACGGAACAGAAUUUUACUUUGAGAUCAACGGAGUCCCAAUAUAUGCUAAGGGCAGCAACUGGAUACCUGCGGACAUAUUUCCCGAAAGAGCAACAGACGAAUACGUCCGUGACUUACUUCUUUCCACAAAGGAGGCGAACAUGAAUAUGCUUCGCGUGUGGGGCGGCGGCGUGUACGAGACGGACUACUUUUAUGACCUGGCCGACGAGCUGGGAAUUCUCAUCUGGCAAGACAUGAUGUUUGCCGUCAGCCUCUACCCUGUGGGCGCAGACUUUCUCCAGAACGUCGCGAAUGAAGUACAGCAGCAGGUACGGCGUCUGCACCGACACCCAUCGAUCGUCGUCUGGGCGGCCAAUAACGAAAAUGAGCAGGCUAUUGCUUCUGCGUGGUGGCCUCAGAUGUUCCUGAGAAUGUUCCAGUAUCGAAAAGAUUAUCGGACGCUCUACAUCGGCACAAUGAUGCCCGUCAUUCAGAAGGAAGAUAAGUCGCGCCCUUUCCUCUCGUCCAGCCCAAGCAACGGGAUAAUUACGUCGAAUAAGACCUGGAUAUCAUCCAACCCAAACAGCUUGUAUAACGGCGACAUGCAUUACUACAGUUACCUGUCCAAUGCGUGGGAGCCGUCGACAUUUCCGAUCUCAAGAUUCGUGUCCGAGCACGGGCUGCAGUCGUACCCGUCGAGAGACACCUUGCUGCCAGUCAUGCCGAGCUCCAUGAUCAAGUACCCGUUCCCCAUCCUCAUGCGCCACAGGCAGCACCAGCGCUUAGGAGACAUAUACGUGAAGCACGGAAUUUCGGAUCACUUUAAGGUGAAUGGUCUCAUUAUGACCAGCUGGAUCAAAAACACAAGCAAGGCUUACGACAUGAUCUCGUAUUUGAGCCAGAUCAACCAAGCGAUGGGCAUGCGGAACGCCGCCGAGACGCUGCGACGCUGGAGAAGUUUCAUAGGUCCGCAGGGUCAAGGCCACAACAUGGGAUUCCUGUACUGGCAACUGAACGACAUAUGGCAGGCGCCGUCGUGGGCUUCCAUAGAAUAUGGUGGCCGGUGGAAGAUGGUGCACUAUUUCGCGAAGAAGUUCUUCAGUCCCAUUAUAGUGGUUCCCUACAUUUUCCACUCGAACGGUAACCUGAGGGUUUUCGUCGUCAAUGACAACCUGGAACCCGUGAACGGGGCAGUGCUCUCAAUUACGCAGUACAUGUGGACCUCGUUCACGCCGGUCGCUACAACUACCAUUAAUGUUACGCUGGCCGCAGCCGCGUCGACGGACGUGUACUCGCACAAGAUGCAAUACGAGUGGAAGCAAGAUGUCUGUGACCCCGCCACCUGUUUCCUUUGGUUCACGCUCUCCGAUCCUCACAGCCGAUCUGCGCUGGCACCCGACAAUUUCCUACUUCUGAGAGAGCCCAAAAACCUUGCACUGCCGCAUGCUUCGAUAUACGUGACGAAGGUGAGCGGGCCUACGUCAUCAGCCUCGAUGCCAGGCUUCAAGGUCUUCGACGUUGAACUUCAGGCGGACAACAUCGCCUUGUUUGUGUGGCUAAACGCUCACAACGUUAGCGGCCACUUCUCCGACAAUGGAUUCCUACAGAAGGACCCGAAGACUACGGUGCAAUUUUACACCCGCCAGAACGCGACCGCAGCCGAGCUCGAAGAAGCUCUUACGGUCAACUCGCUCAAGGACUAUUCGAGCUUCUAACGCCGACCGAAGCGUUUAAAGUUGGAUAGCACAUUUACUUAGCACAGAAGCUGCAGCGCAUGACGUACUUAAUGGUUAAAUAGUGCACGGAAGCUAUUACUCAUGCCCACUCUUGUAGAGUGCAAGUUAUUGGUGGGCUAAUCACUAAGUCGCAUUGAUAACGUGAACAUCGGGAGCAUGUGCCUUUUUUGUCUAGGAAUGGCGAAGUGCUGCGUCAACAACAGUUUUCCCAACCUUCACGACUUCGCCUAAAAGCUUAAUUACAUUAAAGAGGUAUUUCAAAUCCGUGGUUUCCACUUUCAAAGUUCCCUCUUGUGGCCAGAGUCGUAUUCUGUUUCCUGCGGCACGCCUGAAAGCGUAGUUAGAGUAUUUUAGUUUCGUGGCUCAAAGUUUUCUGUGCACGGCCUCCAACAGUGUUUAUUCGGCCAUGCCUUCUGGUAAGCGUUAAGUAAGCGGUCAGUUGCGCCACAUUGUUUAGGAAAAUUUUAACCGAGUGCAGAACACCUUGCGCAGUCUGUAAGCUGUUGCAAGAGGAAAGAACAUUGGGAGAUAAUUGCGAAAGACUAGAGUUGCUCUCUAGCGACUUCCGCGCACCUGAAAGAUUGAUUAAGUGCUGUAGAUUCACGCUUUAUUAUUAAAGUUUGCGCACGAGCACCAUACAGUAAAUAAAGCUUACAACAGUGGUGACCGUCUUUUCGUGGAACGUGCGAAAAAAAUAGCCAAUUUCAUCACAUUGUGUAGAUGAACUUGAUUAGCGUUCAAUACUACGCUGCGCUAUUGCAAAGUAGCAGCUAUCCGAAUUGCAGCGCGCAGAAAGGCUGAGUAAGUUGACAGGUGAUAACUAAAAUACGACGGCAUGGAAAUUAAGUUACCGUGAUGAACAAGAGUUUCUUUAGUUGAAUGGUUCUUUUUAAAUCAGCGGGUGUUUAAUGGAGCACAGUGUGUUUGACAUCAUACAUAUAUAGGGAAAGAGUGUCGCCUGUUUUCAUUAUUUAGCUCUAAACAUUGUUACAUCAGCCGUGAGGUCAAAAACUUGGAGGUCGCUUGACCUUCACCUUCAAGAGUAGAACGCGAUAGCGUAAUGGGGCCCGUGUGCAUCGCCUUCUCAAUUGCUAGCCUGGUUUCGGUUCUCGGUGGGUGAAUCAACCGUGCCGUAAGGAAACGAAUGACUGUGCGCAUAACAAUGGCCGCUGCAAACUGUCCUAGAAUGCCUACUGCAAGUGCAGUUGUUAAGUGCCCACUACGCC